AUGAUAAUUGAUAGGUCUAGACUGAUAAGGGGGAUAUCUGUUUCAUCCUUAGAUUCCAAUAGAUCAUCCAAAUGGAGAAUUGGUGAUCUUUUAUUAUUAGUUUUAUUGCUGAUACUAAAUAUACCUGUAUAUUAUUUUCAGCCUUUUGAAAGACAGUUCUAUAUUAACGAUUUAACCAUAUCUCAUCCCUAUGCUGAACAUCAAAGAGUGAGUGAUUUUAUGCUAUUUGUAUACAGUUUAAUAGUCCCUUUAAUCACAAUGGCCAUAGUCUGGUUCCUAUUUUCUGAUGCUAAACAUAGGUGGCAUUUAUUAUAUGUGUCAGUAUUAGGCUUAGUUCUUUCUGUAACAUCCGUUGCGUUAUUUACAAACUUUGUUAAAAAUUGGUUUGGCAGAGCUCGACCUGAUUUCUUAGCAAGAUGUAUACCAACAGAAGGUACUCCAAUAAAUGUUUUAGUAAAUGCAAGAGAUGUGUGCACUUCUAAAGACUGGGAUAAAAUUCUUGAAGGUUUUAGAACAACUCCAUCAGGUCAUUCCAGUGAAAGUUUCGCUGGUUUAGGAUUCCUAUAUUUUUGGUUAAGUGGUCAAUUAUUGACCGGGAACAUACAUGCUGCACUUUGGACAAAGGCCAUUGCACUUUUACCAUUGCUAGGUGCAACUUUAAUUGCACUAUCAAGAACUCAAGACUAUAGGCACCAUUUUAUAGACGUCCUUUUAGGUUCUUUCAUUGGUUUUGUGUUUGCAUUUUGUACAUACAGAAGAUAUUUUCCAUCCAUUUAUGAUCCAUUACCAUUCAAACCUCUAUUAGAUGACUCGAAUGUUACUCUUCAAAAUAAUGAUCACCAUUAUUUACCAACUAGUAAUAAUAUAAAUGAGGAAGUGGAUCCAGAAUCAAGACCAUUUACAGUUUAA